AUGGAAUUAGAAAUACCAUAAGUUGAAGAGAAUAAAGUUAAAAAAUUCUUUAUAUGCCUAUAAGAGCCAAAUGAUAGUUUUACUAUUUAACUGAGUCAAGAAGAAUUAGAAGGCUUAUCUAUAAAAGAGCUAUUAGAGAAAGCAAAUAAUGUCUAUAGCUUUAACCAUAAAUUUUGGCGCAUGGAGAGAAUAAGAAAUUAAAUUUAAAAUCUAUCUAAAUAAGAUGAAAAUGAGUAGUUAAUCAGUUCACAUUUCAAUCUAUUCCCUUUUUAUUUUUUUCCUUAAAAAUACAUUUUUGAAAUUGAUGUUAAAUUUUAAGAAGAAACUUAUCACUUUGAAUUACCAAUAGCGACAACGCAAAAAAAUUUACUAGAGAAUCUCUCAAAAAAAUUAAAUAUAAAUGAGAAACAGCUUUACUUACUGAGUGAAUCUUAGACUUUGAAGAAUCCAUUUUCCUCUUAUUCUUUAGCUAAUCUUUUCGUAGCAAAUGAUAAAAUAUUUUAUGAUGAUAAAGAAAUAUAUGUGGAUUUAAAUUUGAAAGUAACAGACAAUAUUCAAUUAUUUAACUUUGCACAUAGGACAGACAUUUAUUUGGGAGAUUAAUUAAUUUCUAAAAAUGAAACGUUUGCUCAUUCAGGAGUGAAAAAUGGAGAUAAACUCUACUCUUACUAUUUUAUCAAGGCUCAAAUUAAAGAUGUGCAAACUUAAAUCAAAAGCAACUUUACAAAAUAAGAAGCAAAAGAUUUAUACAAUAAAUAUUACCCAGAAGAAUAAGGUAGAAUCGUCACUGAGAUGAUAGGAGACACUUUAAAUAUCAAAUUAAACAAUGAUGAGGAAAUGAUUCUUACAAUAAAAUCUUUGUCAGGAGCAUAAUAUGAUCUAGGAGCUGAUGGAAAUAAUACUAUUGACUAAAUAAAACAAAAAUUAUCUUCUUUAUCAGAAGUAGAAUGUGAAUUUAUGAAGCUUAUAUUUUGUGGAAGGUAGCUAGAAGAUAAUUUUACUUUGAACAAUUAUGAGAUUAAGGAUGGCAGUAUUAUACAUCUUGUCUUAAAACCAGGCGCAAAAAUAAAAUUUAAUCCAAUUUAAUAAGAUGGUGAGAUAUCAAUAAAUAUUAAAACUCUCACAGGGUAAACUUUAGCACUAAAAUGCAAACUUAAUCAGAAAGUAGAGUAGUUAAAGAACUAAAUUUCAGAAUAACUUGAAAUUUCCCCAACCUAGUAGAGGUUAAUUUAUGCAGGAUAAUAAUUAGAAGAUGACUAAUAAUUGUAUUUUUACAAUUUAUAAAGAGAUUGCGUUGUACAUCUUGUUUAGACAUUAAAAAAAACUGUUGAAAUAUAGUAGUAGCCUAAAUAAAAGUCAUUAGAAAAACAUAAAUAAGAAAAUAAAUUUUUAAACAUUUAAAUAAAAACUCUCACUGGAAAAUAAAUUUAGUUGAAGUGUAAAUUGUAUGAUUCAGUAGAGAUCUUAAAAUACCACAUCUAAGAUUCUGAAGGCAUUCCUAUAGAUCAGCAGAGAUUAAUCUUUUAGGGUAAAGAAAUUGAAAACGAUUAUUCUUUAGAUAUGUAUGAAAUAGAUGAUGGGGAUAUUAUAAAUUUAGUACUUAGGUUGAGAGGUGGUGGAUGUCCUGAAGAAAAAAAACUAUUUGUUAACCUUGAAAAUGAAAAAUCUAAAAAAGAAGUAGAAUUUUCUGAACAUGCACCAAAAUAUAGAUAAGCUACUGAUGGAUUAAAUAUUGAAGCUAUUUGCCGUAAUUCUAGUUGCAAGUACUUUAAAAAAUAAGUUAUCAUAAAAAUAGGCUACAUCUUUGUAGAAAUAGUAGCUGAUAAAUCAUAAAAAAUAAAUUGCCCAGGAUGUAGUAUACUUCCAUAAGUAAUUACAUGUGGUUUCGUAAACUGUCAAUAUUCCUGGUUUGGCUUAAAAAUAGAAAAUGGAGUUGAGAGAAAAGUAUAAUCCAAAAUACUUGAAGCAUGUAAUGAUAAAUAUACUACAUAUGAUCCAGUAAAAGAAAACGGAUAAUCAAAUAUGGUAGAAUGGAAGCUUCUUUAUGUGUAUGCAAAUUAAAAAGAAAGCCUUAAAUUUCCUAAAUGCUAUAUUUGUCUAAGAAGAAUAUUUUAUGAAGAGCAAAUGACUCACUCUGAAUAAUGCUUAGAUAAAUAGAAUCAUAUUUGCCAUAUUGACUGUCUUAAAAGUUUAUUGCAUUUGGAAAAAAAAUGUUUAUUGUGCUUAAAAAAUUAUUGA